UGCGGCCGUCACGUUACGGCGGCUGUUUCAAUGAAUGUAGUCGAGUUGGAGGGUUUUCCAGUAUAUGAAUGUUUUAUUGAUAAUGGCAGAACACCCACCGCUACUGGAUACAACUCAGAUUUUAAGUAGCGAUAUUUCUCUUCUAUCUGCCCCUAUUGUAAGUGCAGAUGGAACACAACAGGUUAUACUGGUACAAGUUAAUCCAGGGGAAGCAUUUACAAUAAGAAGAGAAGAUGGACAAUUUCAGUGCAUUACAGGUCCUGCUCAGGUUCCAAUGAUGUCCCCAAAUGGUUCUGUGCCUCCUAUUUAUGUGCCUCCUGGAUAUGCUCCACAGGUUAUUGAAGACAAUGGAGUUCGAAGAGUUGUUGUGGUUCCCCAGGCACCAGAGUUCCGUCCUGGUAGUCACACAGUGUUACACCGUUCUCCACACCCUCCACUGCCUGGUUUCAUUCCUGUCCCUGCCAUGAUGCCCCCUCCACCUCGCCAUAUGUACUCACCAGUAACUGGAGCUGGAGACAUGGCCACACAGUAUAUGCCACAAUACCCAUCUUCACAAGUUUUUGGAGAUGUAGAUGCUCACUCUGCACAUGGAAGGUCUAACUUUAGAGACGAAAGAUCUAGUAAAACAUAUGAACGUUUGCAAAAAAAAUUGAAGGAUCGCCAAGGAACACAGAAAGAUAAAAUGAGCAGUCCUCCGUCAUCACCCCGGAAAUGCCCUUCUCCCACAGAUGAACAUAAUGGACUUUUGAAAGGACAGAGUGCUGGUGGCACGAAUGGUGGGUCAGCAAAGAGCAAAUCAGGGAAAGGGAAAGGUGCCGUACAAGUUGAUGCAGAAGUAGAAGAAAAAGAUGAAGAAACUAAAGCAUUUGAAGCACUUCUUUCCAACAUUGUCAAACCAGUGGCUUCAGACAUCCAGGCAAGAACAGUAGUCCUUACCUGGUCACCACCUCCCAGCUUCAUUAACGGCGAAACAGAUGAGACUACUAUUGAACCAGAGCUCUUUGGUUAUGAAAUUCUGGUUUCAAGUACUGGAAAAGAUGGGAAAUAUAAAAGUGUUUAUGUUGGAGAAGAAACAAGUAUCACCGUAAAUGAUCUCAAACCAGCUACAGAUUACUAUGCAAAAGUCCAAGCCGAAUAUAAUUGCAUACAAGGAGCUCCUUCAGAGACUGAAAGCUUCACCACCUUGAGCUGUGAACCAGAUAUACCUAAUCCACCAAGGAUAGCCAACCGAACCAAAAAUUCACUCACUUUACAGUGGAAGGCACCGAGUGACAAUGGUUCUAAAAUCCAGAGCUUUAUUUUAGAAUGGGAUGAGGGAAAAGGAAAUGGAGAGUUUUGUCACUGUUAUGUGGGUUUACAGAAGCAAUUCAAGAUUACGAAAUUGGCACCAGCAAUGGGUUGUAAAUUUAGAUUAUCGGCCAAAAAUGACUAUGGUACAAGUGGUUGUAGUGAAGAAGUCUUGUAUUACACCUCAGGUUGUGCCCCUUCUAUCCCAGCAAGUCCCGUGUUAACGAAGGCUGGAGUCACCUGGUUAUCCUUACAGUGGAGUAAACCCUCAGGAACACCAUCCGAUGAAGGAAUUUCGUACAUUUUAGAAAUGGAGGAAGAAACUUCAGGAUAUGGUUUCAAACCCAAAUAUGAUGGAGAAGAUCUUGCUUACACAGUGAAAAAUCUCAGACGUAGUACAAAAUAUAAAUUUAAGGUUAUUGCUUAUAAUUCAGAAGGUAAAAGUAAUCCGAGUGAAGUAGUAGAAUUUACUACAUGUCCUGAUAAGCCGGGAAUCCCUAUAAAGCCUUCAGUUAAAGGAAAGAUACAUUCACACAGUUUUAAAAUAACUUGGGACCCACCCAAAGACAGUGGAGGCGCGGCCAUCAGUAAAUAUGUAGUGGAAAUGGCAGAAGGUCCGACUGGAAACAAGUGGGACAUGAUCUACAGUGGCACUACUAGGGAACAUCUUUGUGAUCGACUCAGUCCAGGCUCUCUCUACCGUUUUCGAGUUUACUGCAUCAGUGAUGGAGGACAGAGCGCGGUGUCUGAGUCGUUACUUGUGCAGACUCCAGCAGUGCCUCCCGGCCCGUGCGCCCCUCCCAGGAUACAGGGUAGACCCAAAGCAAAAGAAAUACAGUUACGAUGGGGACCUCCUCAGAUUGAUGGUGGAGCACCCAUUUCCUACUAUGGCCUGGAAAUGUCUCCUAUAGAAGAAGAUGAGUCCAAAGAAGUGUACCAAGGCUCUGAAGUCGAAUGUACAGUGAGCAGCCUUCUUCCGGGAAAGACGUACAGCUUCAGACUUCGUGCGGCUAACAAAAUGGGGUUUGGUCCUUUUUCAGAAAAAUGUAAUAUUACUACAGCUCCUGGGCCACCAGAUCAAUGUAAGCCCCCUCAAGUAACAUGCAGAUCUGCAACCUGUGCACAAGUGAAUUGGGAGGUCCCAUUGAGUCACGGAACUGAUGUCACCGAGUACCGACUGGAGUGGGGAGGCGUUGAAGGAAGUAUGCAGAUGUGUUACUGUGGACCUGGACUCAGUUAUGAGUUGAAAGGACUUUCACCGGCAACCACAUAUUACUGCAGGGUCCAGGCUCUGAGCGUCGUUGGAGCAGGCCUUUACAGUGAAGUUGUGGCCUGUGUAACUCCACCGUCAGUGCCUGCCAUUGUGACCUGUCUUCAAGAGAUUUGUGGGGACGACAUAGAAAAUUCCCAUUAUUCACCUUCUACAUGCCUUGCAAUCAGCUGGGAAAAGCCUUGUGAUCAUGGUUCAGAAAUCCUUGCCUACAGCAUAGAUUUUGGAGAUAAACAGACUUUGACCGUGGGAAAGGUUACAAGCUAUAUGAUUGACAGUUUACAGCCAGAUACAACAUACAGAAUACGAAUUCAAGCCUUGAAUAUCCUCGGAGCGGGUCCGUUCAGCCACAUGAUAAAAUUGAAAACUAAGCCCCUCCCUCCUGAUCCACCUCGUCUGGAAUGUGUUGCCUUUAGUCACCAGAACCUUAAACUGAAGUGGGGAGAAGGAACCCCAAAAACAUUGCCAACCGAUGCUAUUCAGUACCACCUUCAGAUGGAGGAUAAAAAUGGAAGGUUUAUAUCCCUGUACAGAGGACCAUGUCAUACAUAUAAAGUACAAAGACUCAAUGAGUCGACGUCCUACAAAUUCUGUAUUCAAGCUUGUAAUGAAACUGGAGAAGGUCCCCUCUCCCAAGAAUAUAUUUUCACUACACCAAAAUCUGUCCCAGCGGCCUUGAAAGCACCCAAAAUAGAGAAAAUAAAUGAUCACAUUUGUGAAAUUACAUGGGAAUGUUUAUCACCAAUGAAAGGUGAUCCAGUUAUUUACAGUCUUCAAGUUAUGGUUGGAAAAGAUUCAGAAUUCAAACAGAUGUACAAAGGCCCUGACUCUUCAUUCCGGUAUUCAAGCCUUCAGCUGAACUGUGAGUACCGUUUCCGUGUGUGCGCCAUUCGUCAGUGCCAGGACCCUGUGGGACACCAGGACCUCACGGGUCCCUAUAGUGCCACAGUGCUCUUCAUCUCUCAGAAGACAGGGCCAGUGGCCAGCACGCACAGAGACGCCGUGGAAAGCGCCAGGUGCCGGCGGGCGCUCAGCGACCAGCAGUGCGCGGCCAUCAUCCUGGCGCUCUUUGCUUCCUCCUCCCUUCUGAUUGCCUUCAUCAUCCAGUACUUCGUCAUCAAGUGAGGACGCCGCUGCUGUGCUUACAGUCCUUACUCCAUUUUAUUUUCUCAUCUACUUAAAGUGAUGUCCGUAUUGCUUUUAGAAACAGUGGCGUGUAGCGCCGGCAUUGAGACUAUAGCACCUCAUUUACAAUGCUUGUAUUACUAGGGAAAGGCUGGCACCUUUUUAGAAUGCAAGCCACAGAAAUAAAAUUUAGGUGGGGGAGGUUGUUUAGGGAUUUUUUUUUUCUUUUCUUUUUUGAUAUGUGCUUCUUGUAGAAUUCACUUUCAAAGAGGCAACAGUACAUAAUUGAUAUUUUGCCCAAUCAGCAUGAGUGGAACAAUGAUAAACCUGAUCUCUUUAUUACAACGUAAAAAAUUCAGAAUUAAUAAAAUUUACUAAAAUGCUGUGCAAAAAAACAUUCAAGUCUGAUGCUGUGAAAGCAAUCUAGUGCUCUAUUUCUACCUCCUCAUUUGUCUUAAUUAUUUGGUAAAUUGAGAUUAUGAUGAUUAGAGGGGCUAAGCAAACAAAAUUGGAUGAAAAAAUAUACGUGAGUAAAGAAGCUUCUUGUUUGAUAGAGUUCUUCAUUACAAGAUUAUAUUCAUAAAUUCAAAGAUAAAUCACUUACAGAAAGCACAGGCAGGCGAUUUGACAAAAAUAUUUUAAUGUUUACUAUUAAAGUCUUUCUUCAGAUCUUGAAAACUUAGAAGAGGGGGCUUUUAUGGAUAGUCUUUUAAAAGUAAUAAUUAAAGUCAUUUUCUAAUUUCAAACCUAUUUGGAUUCUGUUUGUGGUACUUUGAUCUAUACAUGUGUGUGUAAGGGUAUACACAUACGGCAUAUGUAAUAACAAUUGCACAUGCCAAGAGUGUAUAUAUAGAGAGAGAGUGUGUGAAAGAGAGAAGUGUGUGUGUGUGUAUGUGUGAGAUGCAUAACACACACAUUCCAUCUGUCUGCUAUGGGUUAAUUUUGAAGAACUUCCAUAAAUGUUGCUGCUUCUCCCAUAACUACUGCCAUCACCAUCAGAAUUCAUAAUCGAACCUAGCCAUUGUGUUUGGGCCACCAAAUCUGGAGACAAAACUAAUUUGCACCAGUAAACGUCAAAGUUUCUUUCCUUGAAAAGCUCAUAUCUAAUGUAAUGUGUCUGUUGCAAAUUGUUGAUUGCAUGUGGUUAGUGCUGCAUUAGAGCACUUUGCAGUUGCUUAAUUCAUUGUUUUGUGAGCUUGCAUUUGAGUUAUUGGAUGAUCCAGUUGAAUUUUGUCAAGUACCACAUUGUUCAUCUUGUGUAGACGUUAAUGACUGCCAGUAAUUACACGGUCUGUAAUGGAAUAAUCUAAAAUUGUUGUUUCGUCGCAUCUGUUAUCUGUAAAACACUUGUAACUAGCUACUUUAAUUUAUUAUUUGAAUUUUUAAAUAGUGAAUCACUAAAUUUUAGUUGCUGAGGUUAGCAUUUUAGUGAUUACUAAGCACUUCUGUUGGUCUUCAAAAAAGAAAUGUAUGUUUUGUGCUUUGAAGCUCCCUGAAGAAUUAAUCUUGUAUUAGAACGGGCAUGUAUUAUAGUUGUUGUGCGUCAAAUAAUCUAUGCUGUUGAAAAAACAUUAAUCUGAGUUCAAAAAAGAAAUGGAUAUACUUGGCCUUUCCAAGUGGUAAGAAUGAUCUGUCACUAUAAUAUACUGUAUGUUUACAUUUUAUUUAAAAUUAAUCCCUUAUGUAUAAGCUGAUGACCUUCCCACAAAACAACCGUGAUUGUGAUUAUUUUCUAGAAACUUCUUAAACGUGCCACAUCUGGCAGUAAAAAUGAGUUUGAGUGUAAUCGCCCAGAGAUUCCUAUAUCGUUGAAUGUUGAAAAUGGCUAAAUGUGCCACUGUGUCAAGUUUAUAGUGGCUUAUGUUUUUCACAGUAAAUUCAAAUGAACACCUAUUUUUGAUAGUAAUUGUCAUGUAAUAGUGUAUUUGCCAUUUGAACCUCACUGCAAAAUUAGUGCAGAGGCGUAAACAAUUUCUAAUGUAUUCUUGAUUUUACCUCAUAUACUAUACAUUCCAAAAACUCUAAACUUUUUAAAGAUUAUAGAUACACUACCAAACAUAUCACCUUAAAAUUGUAUAAGGUUGAACUUCAUACAAUGAAAAAAUAUAAUCUCAUAAAAUGCAUAAACUGUGUAGCAAAAAUAUCUUUAAAUCCAUGGAAAAUAAAAGUAUCAUUUUUUGA